GGGUACCAAGGCCAGGGGUACCAAGGCCAGGGGUAUCAAGGCCAGGGGGAUCAGGGAAGUCAGGGAUAUGGAAGACCCCGUUUUGAUUGGAGGACGGUCAUCUGUCAACAUUGUGACCAACAAGGCCACACUAUAAGGUUCUGUAAUAUAAGAUGGGAAGAUGAGAGGAGCGGGCUGAUUUCCUCCACUAUGGAUGGGAAUAUCUACGAUCAGUUUAGGGAGGUCAUUGACAGAAGGCUUGGAGGGGUGAGGGUGGAAGCCCAGCGAAAGGCGGCAGCUGGGCCACCACCCCCUGCCAUGUUCAGGCUAUGGCAAGAAAAGGAGGAACCACCGUUUGGGGUGGAGGAAGUGGAGAGCGAUGAGGAAAUGGCUCAAGGGCUACGAGGAGGAAGUAAGACGGAAGAGUCCAUAAUCAUCGAGUCAGACGACAAGGAUGAGGAGGAAAGAAUGGAGCCUCCGUCCGUCUUAUUUGGGAAGAUGGAGAACCUGCUGGAUAAGAUGGGGAGGUACCAACAGAAGUUGGUGGGCCCCUGUGAGGAAGUGAAGGGAUGGAAGUCUAACAUCCCCAAACUGUUCCUCUAUGACUCCAGCCCGGAGUCAGCACCUAGGCGACCCGGAGUAAAUGUGGUGGGGUCGUGCCCACAAUCGGGGAUGAGGGGAAGACCCCUCACUCCGCAGGCCCGGCUGGCACAGGCAGCGCGAACGAGGAAUCAAGCCAAGGCCAGUGCCAGCCAAGAGCCUCCGAGGAGAGAACCCGAAUCAGGGAGAAGGAAAGAGGCUGUGGAAGUAGAGGACUACGAUGAUGAAGAGGAAGAGGACGAGAAGUUGCGUAGAGAGGAGGAUCAGAGAGCGGAGCAGCGGGCAAGGAAAAAGGAAACCAGGGGAGAGGUCAUCCGGAACACCGGGCCAAGGAGUAUAAGGAACCGACCCAAUCCAGGAUCAUUCACGAUCGAGGAGUCGGAAGCGGAGCGUCGGAGGCUCCGGCCAGAGCCCGAAGCAGGAAAGAGUGUGGAAGCAUUUUCCCUCAGCCUGUCAGAUGUUGGGAAGGCCAUGGACCUGGUGGCCGCGCAUGAGAUGGCAGAUCCGGAUGCCAUUCUGACCUUGAGGGAGCAAGUUCUGGAAUGCCCCGAGGCAGGAAGGUUGGAGUUGGUAUAUCGGCUCCCAGGCAGCGGAGGGCACUCCGCAUCAGCACAAACACAAUCUGAAUGGGAGGCGGUGGAGAAUACACCCCCAGUUGAUGAAUUUCUAGAUCAGGAAGAAGAUGUUCAUCUCCAUAUAAAUAAGUGGUCCCCGCAAGCUCCCAGCUGUGUAGGCUAUCCUAUUUGGCAAACGCCAAGUGGGUAUGAACGGAGGGAUGAGCUAGUCCUUAAUCCCUUUGAGGAAGAGGAUCCCUGGGGUGGUAAGGAUGUUCAGUGGAUGAUGGAGCUAGCGCUGGCCAGAUCGCAUAGCCUGGUGGAGGAUAUGAGGACGAUUGAGGAAGGACCUGGCCAGGUAGAACGGCAUGAGGACCUGAUGGGAGGAAUGUAUCUCCUCGUUAAUACGUUAUUGCAGGAAAACCUAGACCAGUCAGGCUCGUUGAACCCGGCAGGGAAUGUGGACGAAGUGCCAGAGAGUCAGGACGACGAGUUCGAGGAAGGGGAAAUUAAGGAGGCUUUUCGUGCAGAGGAGUAUGACAGGAUCUACCUAGAGCUGGGGCUUCUUCUGUCAUGUGAAAUGCGGCUAAGGGAUGCAAGCGAUAGGGCUCAAAGGAUCUUGCAGCGCUACUUAGUGCGAGACGGCCAGCUUUUCGUGAGAAGAGAAGUGGGGAAUCCCAGGAGAGUCGUCUGCGGUAGAAAUCGUCAGAUCGACAUCGUGAAGGAAUCGUCAGAUCGACGUCGUAGCAGCGCUUCACGAUGUCGAUCUGACAAUUCCUACCGCAGACCACUCUCCUGGAAUUCCCCACUUCUCUUCUCACGAAAAGGUGGCCGUCUCGGGCAUCGAGGGGUACAAGCCACGUCUGACUUUUUGAAGACAGCCAUGCCAAGAGGAGGGAGGGGGACACGGCCGCCUCAGAGGCUGUUGGGAACAUCAGGAGGGUAUGAGCGACAUGAGCCUCGUCAUCGAGAGAGUACUCCGGUAUACGAUGAUGGGGACAUCGAGCUAUUCCUGGACAGCUUUUGGGAUCAUGCGAGGCGUAUGGGCUGGACCGUGGCCCAGGCAAUGGAGAGACUAAGGGGAGUCGGCAGAUUCGAGGAGCCCGUCGCACGGAUCCGUAGAGAGACGACGACGAGAUCAGAGGUGGAGUGCAGGAUGCAGGAGCUGCGACCCUCGCCUGUGGGACCAGAUGGCAGGCCGAUCCGUCUAGAGAUCGAAAAUGUGGCAGACUUCAUCCCUGCUUUCGAGUGGUUCAUGCAGGGGCAGGGUAUACCGAGAGAUGAGUGGGCGAGGACGUUACCCCUCUGGACCAGAAAGGCGGAGAGGGCACUGGCUACGCAGGUCAGGGACAUGGCCCGAGACUGGGAGAGCUGCAGGGCGCAUCUGAGAGAGGCCUUUCGACGACCAAAGCCCCCUCAUCCCAGAGUUGAGAGGCGUCAGAGGAGUCAGAGGCAGAGGGGCCCUGAGCCCAGGGAGGCGAGACCGUCUCGAGGAGGACGGAAGGCCCUAGCCAGGAGAGAGGAGGAGCCGGAGCAGGAGUCAGAGGUUGAGGAGCGAGGGGCAUACCCUGAGUGUGGGUUGAGACCAGUGGAGUUCCCUCGUUUUACUGAGGGUGGAUUGAGGAGGUUGCCAACACACACACAGGAGGAGCCGCCAGUGUCUGAGGGGCCUUUGAGGGAGUUGGAGACGCUUCUAGAUAUUUCUCGGUGGAGGGCGUCGCCGCAGGGUGAGGAGCAUGGAAAGCAGGCAGAGGAGGUGCCACGGGAGGAGGUCCAGGGAAGGAGAAGAGAAAGGGCAGCUGUAAGGAGGGAAGCCUUGACCCUGAUUGAUAGGCACCUAGCAGCUUAUGCCCUGGAGCACCCAGACCUGGAGGAGCCAGCACCUGCAGAGCCACGCCAGGAGCCGUGCCAGCCCGAGAAGGAGAUGGAAGCAGAGAUCCCAAAGAGGGUCGACCUCCGCACGAGGGAAAGGGCUCCAGCUGGAGAGACGGCUGAAGAAAAGAGGGCGAGAAGAACCACGUGGAUAGAUGAGAUAUCGCAAGAGAGGCAGAGGUUGGAGGCAGCGGGGGAGCUUCCGGAGCAGCAGCAGGAGAGGCAGAGAUCGGAGGCAGCAAGAGCACUCCCAGGUCAGCCACCCAGCGCGCCAGCUAGGGCCCCGGAGAUCCCUGAGAUGUGGAGGGACUUUUGGGAGCGAAGAGGAGAGGAGCUUCCCUCGCCAGUCAGAGUCGGGUUUGGGGUGGCCAGGAAGGCAGAAGAGAGGUUAGAUAGCAAAAUCAAGUUCCUGCCCAAGACAACUUUUGGCCGGCACUUGUUAUUGGAGAGCGAUCUGGCAAAGAGGAAGAUGAAGGAAGCAAGCCAUGGAGUACGCCUGGAGGCUAUAAAGGUGGAAAUCCAGGAACUCAGGGCAUUGGUGGCCAGCCAGGCAGCUAUCAUCGAGAGCCUGAGGCAGCAAACCCAAGGAAAGGUGGACAGGCCAGAGAGCAGCCGGCAGGGAGAGCAGAGGCAGCCAGGACAGGGAUUGCCAGGACAGCCAUCUACGGUAGAGCCUCGCCAGGAGCCACCUAUGGGGAGGGUUAUCCUGGAGCCAGAGGAGGCGAGAGCACAGAGACAGGCGGAGAGAGAGGCAUUCGAGUUCAGAGCUCCUACCGAGUUCGCGACACUGCCAGUGGCGGCGGCAGGCCCAGUCGUACCUUUGGCAGUAGAGGAGGGGCUGCCACCAUCUAACAGUGAGCCGGCUCAGGGCUCAGCAGAGGGGUCCAUGGGCGUGCUCCUUGAGGCGGUGCAUACUAUGCAGGAGGAGUAUGGGUCAGAGGAGAUUGAGGAACAGCCUAUGGCAGUGCCAGGAGAGACACUCGAGAGGAGACCUCAGAGGUUGGACACGCUUGAGUACGUCCAAGUGACACAGGAUUUGAGGAGCAGACUAGGAUCUUGGGCUACUGGAUCUGGAUCUGGAGGACUGGUUUCUGGGGUAAAACAGCAAGAGGUCAUUAGUACCGCAACUCCUCGAUUAGAGCAGCAGGGGGUUGUCAGUACCUUGGUGGGAUCUCCUUCAUCGCCACCUCCUCAGCCCAAGAAGAAGAAGUUCAAGAGGAAGGUUGAUCAGUUAUGCUUCUAUUGCAAGAGGGGCGUGCAUCUGGCUUAGGACUGUCUCGAGUCUCUGAGGAUAAGGCAGAAGGAAAGGUCUCAGAGGCAGGGGAUAAAAUGUAUGAUAGGCA